CUAAAAUGUGGAACAUUACAAGGGUGCUUUGCUCGAAAACUAUUGACGAACAGCAAACAUUGCGUUCAUAAGGGUUUAAUCGCUAAUAAGUAAUGCUGAAACAGCAUUAGUGGGAAAAAGUGACAUUUGUUGACCUGGUCGUCGUCAAUUUAUGAAGAAAAAGAUAUUCGUUUGUAGGCAGUGACUUCGGAGAAAUUGAAACUUACGUCGGUUCAAGAUUGUGACAUAACAGAGUUUGAACAGGUGUAUCUCGACCGAAGGAGGCUACAACGUUUCACAAAGACAGUAAGAAAAGAGACACUUUUUUAAAAUAGUUUGACUAACUGAAAAAACGAAAAAAACGACAAAAAAGUUUCACCGCACGAGAAAUUCACAAAUACCGAACCCCCCAAGAAAUCUGUAAUAAUCUUUGACAACCAUGUCCGGAUCCAUGGCAACCGUGACCAGCGCGGAAGAUGUCCGUUCUCUUGGACUCUACAGGGCGAUGUUCGCGGAAUUCCUGGGGACCCUGUUCCUUGUGCUGGUAUCGUGCGGCUCAGCCACAAACGUCAACAACAUGCAAAGCCUCGCCACAAUUUCACUGUGCUUUGGUUUCAGCGUGGCCACCAUCGUAUGGGCCAUCGCCAACGUCAGCGGCGGCCACAUCAACCCGGCCGUCACCAUCGGGUUUCUUGUGACCCGUAAAAUCACCAUUGUUAGGGGUAUUUUCUACUUUGUGAGCCAGAUGGUGGGAGGGAUCGCUGGGGCGGCAAUUCUGAAGGGUCUGACACCAACAGCGUACCAAGCCGCCCUUGGAACCUCCCAGCUAGCUUCUGGCGUCACAGCAGAGCAGGGUUUUGGUAUUGAGUUCAUGGCGACCUUCAUGUUGGUCUUCACUGUGUUUGCCACAUGCGACUCCCACAGAAAGGACCUGAAUGGUUCCGGACCGCUGGCAAUCGGACUGUCCGUCGCCAUGGGUCAUCUGUGGGCGGUCCCAUACACAGGCGCCGGCAUGAACACUGCCCGCAGUUUCGGUCCGGCAGUACUGUAUGUGUCCACAGUAUGGGAGAACCACUGGGUCUACUGGCUUGGUCAGUUACUAGCUGGGGUGGUGGCUGCUCUACUCUACGACUUGCUUUUCGCUGCCGACGCCUCAGUUGACAAACUUAAGACCUAUAAGCAAAUCAACUGUCGCCGAAGUUCAAGUGUGUCAGUCACCAAGAUGCAAACACAGCCCGAGUAAAUGCGCUGCCAUUCGCGUGACAGUUACCCAGAAAGACACCAGACAAGGAGAUAAUUGGGAACUAGUCCUGUUAUCGUCAGUAUUUCUGUAACUUUUAAAACCAGUGUGACAGGAAUGGUAACUGGCUUUAGGGUGUUGUAGUGGACCACGGGGUGCGCUAGUAAUGUGAUACAAAAUUAAUAUAUGUCUUAUACUUGAAUUUUGCAUACUGUUUAAGAAGCCCUUGAUAUCAUAGGUAGUAGUCUCAAAUAUUUUCAAGAGGUCAUCAUUAUAUAAUCGAGAUUUCCUUGUAUCAAGGGAGUAUUAAUUAUUAGUGCUCUUUUCGUUUGUGUUUACUCCUUGAAACGGAUUUUAACAAGUGAUUUUUCCAACAGA